AUGGCGUCAACAUCUCUCGCCAAUCGAGCCUACAUCGUCACCGGCGCCGCAUCGGGCAUUGGGUUGGCCACGGUACACAAACUCCUGGCCCGCUCCGCGACAGUGCACCUCCUCGACCGCGCAGCGUCGUUCCCCGAGUCAAUCGACGCGACAGCGAAGCGAAACACCGCUUCCGGAGCCAAGGUGUUCUCAUAUCCCUCGGUCGACGUCUCCUCCCGCCCCUCAGUCAGCCAGACAUUUCAGACCAUUCUGUCGCGCACGCCGCAGAUUGACGGCCUGGUCAACUCGGCCGGCAUCUGUCCGUCGAGCGGCGGGAUCCUCGAGAACGACGAGACCUUUCACAAAACCCUCGACGUCAACCUCACGGGCACUUGGAACGUCGGCACCGAGCUUCUGCGCUACAUUCUGGCCAAGAAGCCAAAGAAUGGAGAGAAGUCUGCCUCCCCGUGGAAAUGGGUGCCGGGCCACAGCGGCGCCUGUUCGGUCGUCAACAUCGGAAGCAGCGCCUCCUACUACGGUUUCCAAACUCUGGGUGCCUACGUGGCCAGCAAGCACGCGGUGCUGGGCCUGACGCGGACCUGGGCGUUGGAUUUCGCGCCCCAUGGUGUGCGCGUCAACCUCGUAGCCCCUGGUGGCGUACGGACGCCGCUGUCCCAGGCGCAAUUCGACGACGCAGAGCGAGGGGAUAUGAGCAGGGAGGUGUAUCCGCUGAUUCCCCUGAAGAGGUUCGGUGAGCCCGAGGAACUGGCCGACGCCAUUGUCUUUCUGCUCGGUGAUCAGUCCAGUUACAUUACCGGUCAGAUCCUCAAGGUGAACGGGGGGUGGCCAUAG